GUUAGCUGUCAUUCUGCGGAAACUAGCGUUGGGGUGUUUCCUUCGAAGUUUCCCAAUGAUAUUUCUAAUGAGCAGGAAAGGCGAUCAGCAAACGUUUGACAGACAGCGACCUGUUUAAACUUUUAUGAUAGUAAAACUUGAUUAGCUCCCUAGCUAGCGGACUGUAUGUCGAUGAUAUGCACUUUGAAGUAAUUUUACCAAUAUGUAGGUAGUAAGUCAUUUGUUUUUAAUUUAGGACACAGGCAACAUUACAGACGCGCGUUACCGAAGAAUAUACCAGAAUGGAAUGAGCAUUCGCUAUCUAGAGAGUAUUGCCGUUCUACUUGGAAUACAGGCUUGGAAUAGGCCCCGUCGUCAGAGACAGACUGUAAAGGCAUUCACAAUGACUCGAGAUCUGGUACUUGGAGAGGAACUUCCAGGUUGGGUGGGAGCAAAAGAGUUCUAUCAGAAAUAUGAUCCUAAAGAGGUUAUUGGUAGAGGUGUGAGCAGUGUGGUGCGCAGAUGUAUACGCAAAGAGACAGGGCAGGAGCUAGCAGUGAAGAUAAUUGAGAUCACAGCAGAGAAGAUGACAGCACAACAACUGGAGGAAGUGAAGAGCUCCACUCUGAAGGAAAUCCAUGUCCUUAAUGUUGUGAGUGGACAUCCCUCAAUCAUUACCCUCAUUGAUUCCUAUGAGUCAGCAACCUUCAUAUUCUUGGUGUUUGACCUCAUGAGAAGAGGAGAGCUGUUUGACUACUUAACAGAAAAAGUCACUCUUAGUGAGAAGGAAACUAGGAGUAUAAUGCGAGCUCUUCUAGAAGCUGUUCAGUACCUCCACUCCCUGAACAUAGUCCACCGGGAUCUGAAGCCUGAAAACAUCCUCUUGGAUGACCAGGGGAACAUUAAGCUGUCUGACUUCGGCUUCUCAGUCCAACUCCAGCCUGGUGAGAAACUGAGAGAAUUGUGUGGGACUCCAGGUUAUCUAGCGCCAGAAAUAUUGAAGUGUUCCAUGGAUGAGACACACCCAGGAUAUGGACAGGAGGUUGACCUUUGGGCAUGUGGGGUGAUCCUGUUCACCUUGCUGGCUGGGUCCCCACCCUUUUGGCAUCGCAAGCAACUACUGAUGCUGAGGAUGAUAAUGGAGGGGCGUUACCAAUUCAGUGGCCCGGAGUGGGACGAUAGGUCUGAUACUGUCAAGGACCUGAUCUCCAGGCUGCUUGUGGUGGAGCCAUCCGUCCGACUCACAGCUGAGCAGGCUCUGGGUCAUCCUUUCUUUCGCCAGUACCAAAGACAGGACAUACACCACUUUAGCCCCCACAAGUCAUUUAGGGUUCUUAUCUUGACAGUCCUGGCUUGUAUUAGAGUUUUCAGCCGGUACCGCCGGGCUAGGCCACUAACACGACAACUGUUGACCAGGGACCCCUAUUCCCUGCGUGGAGUACGCAAACUCAUCGACGGUUGCGCCUUCCGGAUUUAUGGCCACUGGGUCAAAAAGGGAGAGCAGCAGAACCGGGCUGCCUUGUUUCAGAACUCUCCCAAAAUCAUUCUGGUUGGCCUUGAAGAGGUUGUCACUUAAAUUACACUUUGUUCAAGUGCUUGUAUAACAUGUAUAUUGUAGUAUUUGUUUAAUAACUUUGACAAAUAUAGCAUUUAGCGGUCUAGCAAAUUUUGAUACAGAAUUUUAACUGCUAUUCUCUUUGUGUGUGAAAAAGGGUAUGUGAGUCCCACAAACUGUCAUCAUAGUUCAGCACUGUUAUCAAAUAGUCUGUCCUCCCCAUAUUUCUGAACUGAGCCAAGGAAAGUGUAAUUUGCUUGCUUCACCUAUUUCUGUUCUGCAGUCUAACAUAUUUUCAAAAUUACCUGUGAAAUACGGUGCAAGAUGUAGCACAAAAAAUCCUGCAGCUGCAUUUCCUGAGUACAACCAGCUGAUAAAAUAAUUUUCAUCUACCUGAAAUUUCUUCUGUUCUCACUACGGGCACAAGUUUGAACAGAAGUGGAAGAAAGUUGUGGAGCUAGAAUUUGAACUAAAAGGUGGUUCACACCAGUUCACACCUGGAUGGUGCUGAUGCAUGCUUGACAAAGGUACUUGAAACUUGUCCGUUAAGGCAUCUGGAUAUUUCUUGAAGGAUAUGAUAAAAGUCUUAGUUAAAUUCUGACAGUUUGCCUAAAUAUCCUAAGCAAAUAAGAGGUUAAAAUCUUUCUGA